AUCAAAAACACAAGUGACUUUCACAUGGGAAUGAUUCUUGAGUUGUUUACCAUAUAUGAACAGAGACAACCCCCUGAACUGCAUCAGUUUUAAGAUAUAUUGACUGCAGUGGAAGAACACUCUUUACUCCAGAUCAAAACCUUCUCCGAAAGCAUUUCUACAAUGCAGACAAUGGAGUUUGCCAUCUUAUCUCUUUUUGUGUUCACUUCUACUCUGUCUUCAGGAUGGGCCAGACGUGUGGAAAUCGAUCUUCACCGCACCACACCACAAACAUCUAGCCCUCCAAUGAUGAAUAACAUGUGCAGUGAUUGCAACAGGAUUGUACUGUCAUUAAGGGAAAUGCUCUCCAAUCAAGACUCACAGCACCUUAAUGAAGAAGCUCUCAACAAGUUUUGUUAUGAAUUCCCCACUAUGCUUUGGUGCACGGAUGGAGCGAAUAAAUAUCGACAUCUGGUCAUACAAUAUUUCGGUGAAUUGGCAAAUCACAAAGAAGGUGACAUAUGUUCACUGUUGGGACUAUGCAGCAUCCGGUCAGAGAGAAAAGUGCUGACUGUUGGUCUGAAUGAGUCUGGUUUCCUUUAUGCAAAACCCUUCAGAGGAACUAGUGAAGAGGUUCAUGUAAAUCCAAUCUGCACCUUCUGCCUGUUCUUAAUAAAGACACUGGAGAACAUGUUGCCAAAAGAAAGAACUGAAGAGGCUAUAGUGAAGCUUCUGGAGAAAAUAUGCGACUAUUUGCCUGCACAAUAUAAGGACACGUGUGACCGCUUUAUAGAAACAUAUGGAAAGAAGAUUAUUGAUCUUCUAAUUUCCUCCGCUCCUCCACAUACCAUCUGCACUUUGCUGGGGCUGUGCCUGUUCCCAGAGACACCGAUACUGCUACCCACUGUGCAAACAGACUGUGAUUCCUGUAAGAUACUAGCAGUUUUGUCCCAGUUGCAUUUGGGCCACAACAUCACUGAGAUCCAGACCUCUGCCCUUCUGCAGAAGAUAUGCCACCUUCACCCAAAUGCUAUUCCUCAAUGUGACGGAUUCGUGAAGAUUCAUGGCCUAAGGGUGCUGAAGAAUCAGGCAAAACAACCAGCCAUUACUGCAUGCCAGGAGGAUUACCUUUGCAAGGGACGCAACUGAUUCCAGUUCAUAAAGUACAACAACUAUUCUUCAGUUUACCUGAUCAAACAUCGUCCUUCCACUUGAGUAGUAUAAAAGCAAGGGACAUUAUGAGACGUUCUACUACACUUAAGCGCACAAACAGGACUUUUAAAUAGCCUUCAAAUGAUCUUUACACACCUAUCAGUUUUUAAUGUGAGCAUAUAAAUGUUCUUUCAUGUCAAAGGUCAUUUCCCAACUCUGAACAAUACUGAGAUGUUCUAUCUUUACAAAAGCGUGUUUACAUGCAUGUUUUAAAUUGAUUAUGCUUAACAAGCCGACAACGUGAGGUCGUGUAAACGGCUUUCCUUUAAUCAGAGUAAGGCCUUGAAGGUGCGAUUUUAACAGUUCUAGAACUUCACAUAGCAAAAAGCAACAUUAACAAAAUAGCGUUCUCAAACUUAGCAUGUACUGACAUUUGUCAAACUGACCUCAGCCAAUUCAACAAUUGCAUACAGCGCCGAUCGGCACAGCCUAUUUUUUACCCAUUACUCGAUAAGGAUAUAGCUGCUGCAGGCAAAGCUCCGAAAGGGGGCUGCAGCUCAAACCACCAGCAAAAAUAUAGAGAGCCCCUAACCUAUAAGUGUGGUGUCGCAGCCUUUUGGAUUUGACCCCGCCCCCUUCUGGAGUAACCCCGUCCGCUUUUGGAGAUUCUAAAUAAAUUU